UUUAUCUUCCUUGAUUUGGAUGUCAAUCGCGGCUUGUGGGAGGCUUGUGCAAAGAGUUAUGGGAUGGGAGAUAAUACAAGUUUGAAAACAAAUUAUGUGCUGGAACUCUAGCUCUUUCUCCUUUCCCUUUCUUUUUUUCAUCUCUCUCUCUCUCUUUCUCUCUUUGCUAUUUAUUAUUGGUUGCUUGCCAAGAUUUCAAAAUAACAACAUUAAUUUGGCAGCCUGUUAUCUGACUCUGCUACAUGCAUCUAGAACUUUUCGGUUAUUAAUGAUAGAAUAACAAGUUGAAAGAAGCUGAUAAAAGUUUCCACUUUUCAAUGAGUGAAUGGACAUGCGCAGAUAAGACACAAUACUUGCGAUAGGGUAAGUCACGCACAGAACCCAUGGGGCGAUAACUCGAUGUAUUGCAGGGGCUGCCGUACGUAUGACGUGUCGCCUUUUCCAGAAGGUGUAAGGCUGAGUAGAAGCAUUAUGCCAACUUUACUAACAGUGAAUAACAUAAAAAACAGAGUGAUCUGAGGGAUCGGUGGAAAUGUCAUUGCACCAUGGUGGUUAUCUCCUCUUGGAGAACUGCGAUUUUAGCGACAACUCCUGCUGUUGCUCGUGUGGUGGCAGGAUUGUUGUACACCACAUGUCGUCAUAAUAUGUAGAGAAUACUAUAAGAUUUUGCCCAUCACAGGUAGCUGUAAACUAAGACCACGAUGAGCUGCCGUACAUGCUGCAGAUGUUGGCGGAUGAACCUGUUCUACGUGUGGAUCAGCCUGGCGGCACUGGUCUCCAUGGUUGUUGUUGUCGUGGCUCUGGUGUCACCAGCUUGGCUCGAAGGACGCUACGGGGACAAGGAUAAUCUGAAGAUAGGGCUGCUGGAGUUCUGUCGCCAGGGCGAUGACAGUUGUGGUCCCAAUGUGCUGGUUGUCCAAGACGGGUGGGGCGAUGCUGUCCGAGUGACGGGCGUGCUGGCGGCAGUCAUCCUCUUCACGCUGUUUGUUCUUGGUGUCCUACUCCAUGCCCUGGACGAUGACCUGCUCUACACCUUGCCACUGCUUAUACUCGGGCUGCUGUCGGGUACACUGGGCGUCAUAGCUGCCAUUAUCUUCGGCAUCGAGUGGACAUCCCCUGAGUCUGUCAUGAAAGCUUUGUCAGCAGACUUUUCCUGGGGCUACGGGCUGUUUGUAGGGGGCAACGCCGUUACCUUGACUCUCUUUAUAGUGCUGUGCAUCCUGGGUAAGGACCUGCGGGUCAGCCAGGUAAAGCCGCACAUUACGAGGACCCGGUGAUCACUGCAAGUGAUUUGUUUUCCCUUCACAGUCACAUCACCCAGUGUCUAUUUGUAAAGCUUUGAUCAAGUGUGGCCUCUAUGAAUGAAUUGUCUUUUUAUGUAUUGUACAGUGUGUGUGUGCUUGUGCACGUGCCAGGUGUCCAUGUUUCUCUCUGGUCACUGCAUGAGCAUUCUCUUCAAGCACACGUUUAAUAGUGUAUUUGUUAUAGAUUUGUUUUUAGGCUAAAUCUUGAAAGUUCUAGCAGGAAAUUUAUUUCUUUGCUUUUUCCCACAGCAAAGAAUUAAUGGACUUAAAUACACAUUUUCAAUUUAUUUCAUAUUAAUACUCUGAAGGAUUUUUUUUGUAAAACUCUUGUGAACAAUUCUGCACUUGAAGCAGCACAGGUGAUGCCAAAAUCAACAAUGUGACAGUGACAAAAUACUUUGCUGGAUUCAUGAGAAUUGCCUGGCCGUCACAGUGCUGAUCGAGUGUUAUGAGCAGGUUAACUGCAUUUAUAACAAACAAAAACUUUCGCUGCUAAUUAUCCGUUCCAAAAGUCUGUGGAUCAAUUGACUUUAUAAGAUGGCUAUAAAGCUAUAGAAGUGUGUUUUUGUAAUGUGUGUUUGGCCAGUUUGACACUUUGGAUAGUCUCAUAGCUCAGUGGCCAGUGUCUCAUCCUGUCUAGGACACAGAUUUAAAAGGUGGAGGCCAACCUUCUCCUCCACUAUCUUUCUUCAGGUACCCACAUGAAUUGGACAGCUGCUGUUUGGGUAGAGGGAGUUUUACAGCCACAACAGACCUUCAAUCAAUGGUCCACUGAUGCGCAGUCAAGCUGCAAAGCUUCUCUAAAUCUGAUUCAUCAAUAGAUUAGGCAAUGGGAGACUGGAAGAGGGGGUGACAUUAUCUUGAUAUCAUCUGACUGAGGAAGCAUUAAAAAAAAUUACCAAAUGUUUGUGAUGUUAAUCUUUCUAAAUCAACUUAUUUAUUUUGUGUCCUCACGCC